AAAAACUUUGAGAAGUAAAGUCUGUAACUCAGAAUAAUUCAAGGCAGCUGAUAUGGGUGUUAAAGCGAGCACGCUGUUUAUGAGCCUCCUCCUCCAUGCCUUUCUCUGCAUCUCUGAAAAUGGAGGAGAGCAUUCGAUUGCAAAAGAAGCAAAGAAUGGUCAGUGGAAGAAGUCAAGGUAUGAUUAUAUAAUAGUUGGCGGAGGAACUGCUGGGUGUAGUCUUGCUGCCACUCUCUCACAGAAUAUGUCUGUACUCCUCUUGGAGAGAGGAGGAUCUCCGUUUGGUAACGAAAAAAUAUUGAAUAUAGAGAAUUUUGAAGCAAAUUUGUAUGACUUUGGGUCGAAUCGCUCGACAGGCCAGCUUUUUGUAUCUGAAGAUGGGGUGCUAAAUAUAAGACCAAGAGUGUUAGGAGGAGGCACCUGUCUCAAUGCAGGAUUUUACACACGUGCAAGUUCAAGUGAGGUGAAAGCCAUGGGAUUGGAGCCAGGCCUGGUGGAGCAGUCUUAUCGUUGGGUGGAAAGUGUGGUAGCCCAUCGACCACCCCCAAAUGAAUGGCAGAAUGCAGUAGCAAAAGGUCUUAUAGAAGCAGGCAUUUCUCCUUAUAAUGGCUUCACAUAUGAUCACAUCCCUGGCACCAAGUUUGGUGGGACAAUUUUUAAUAGCACCGGACAUCGCUCUACAGCUGCUGAUAUUCUUGUUCAACGUGCCAAUCCAAGAAAACUUACAGUUUUGCUGUAUGCAACAGUUCAACGUCUUCUUUUUGUUACAAAAGACGAAACAAGGCCUAAAGCAAAAGGGGUUGUUUUCAUAGAUGCUGAUGGAAGAGAGCAACAAGUCUUUUUGAAAGAUGGUAAAAGUGAGGUUAUAAUAUCUGCUGGAGCUUUGGGAAGUCCACAGUUGCUUAUGCUUAGUGGGAUUGGGCCUGCAGAAGAAUUGAAGUCCAUGGGAAUAAAAGUGAUAAUGGACCAGCCUGCAGUUGGGAAGGGUAUGGCUGACAAUCCCAUGAAUACCAUUUAUAUUCCCUUGGCAAUUGGAAUACCAGUCUCUCUCAUUCAAGUAGUGGGUAUCACAAACUUUGGAAGCUAUAUAGAGACAUGCAGUGGAUUUAAAUUUUACAGUAAGAGUGUAGGGAAGAAGGAUGGAAUUAUUCUGCAAAAGGUGAAAGGUCCUCUUUCCAAAGGUUAUCUGAGAUUGGAUAACAGUACCAAUGCUGAUGAUAAUCCAGUUGUGAAAUUCAAUUACUAUGAUCACCCAAUGGAUGUACAGAGCUGUGUGAAAGGAAUAGGAACCAUCGAAAAGAUCAUUAAGUCCCACCCAAUAAAAAAAAUCAUUUCCCCCAGCACGAGUCUGAACAAGAUCAUGAAUUCAAGCUAUCAGGCUGCUGGAAAUUUGAUUCCCAGGAACCCUGAAGGCUGGGGAUCAUUAGAGAAGUUCUGUAAAGAUACAGUCAUAACAAUUUGGCAUUAUCAUGGAGGAUGUCAGGUGGGUAGUGUUGUUGAUGGAGAGUAUAGACUCCUUGGAGCAGAUGGUGUUCGAGUCAUUGAUGGGUCCACUUUUCUUUUCUCUCCAGGAACUAAUCCUCAGGCUACAGUGAUGAUGCUUGGAAGAUACAUGGGAGUGAGAAUUUUGAGAGAAAGAUUGGGCCCAUCAGGAGGAGUAUAGUUUGCAGCUGUUACAUAGACAACUAAACUUCAUGUUCAAUUCGAGUAUAGAAAUUUUUUGAGGGCUUUGGAGUUGGUUUCCUUGCUGUGCAUACUCGGGGAUUUAGUUUCAUACUGUCCUGUCUGUUUUUAGGCCCUCUGGGUUUUUUGGAAAUCUGAAAUUUACGCUGUAACCUUUCAUAUGAAUUAAUAUAUUAAUCUGGCAUUGCCUUUAUCGAUAAAAAUAAAAUAAUAGUGUAUAUUUUCUAAUUGAAAAGAGUAUUGUAAUAAGAGUGAUUAUAUUUUAGUAUUGUAAUUGUAAUAUUAUUUAAAAAUAAUAAUAUUUUUAUUUA